AAUCUAACCUUUUAGGUCACUUGACUAAAAAUGGCAGUUUAUGGAGAAAAACCUCUUGAUACAGAGAAUCGAGAUGCAAUCACGAGAGGAUUGGUAGAUUUGCUUAAGCCAGCUGUUGAAGAAAUCGACGAUCGUGUUAAAGGUGUAAGGGAAAGCCAAGUUGAACUGAGACAACAGAUCGACACAUUAUGUGAAGACUUGAAAAAAAUUGCAGACAGUGACCCUGUGCCAAUGGAACUGGAACCAUACGUAAAAAAGUUAAACAGUUCCAGGAGACGUGUGAUGCUAGUCAAUAGUAUUUUACAAAAUGUGCAGGAUAGACUGAAUAAGCUUCAUAACAACAUAUCUAAAGAAACAGCUCGCAGAAAGACUAUGCUGGACCCUGCAUCUCCUACACACCAGAAAUAACAGUUACAAAUUCUGUUUUUUUUCUUGACAUUGUUGUAGAAGUACCUUUCAUUUUCCAAAAAAUGUUGAUGCUUCAGUUUAUAAAUGUAACAUUGGUUGUCUAUAGACACAUUUAGCUUAUGUGUGCCAAUGCAUAAUUUCUAUAGAUGAAAUAUUUUUGAGUAACCUUUUAAGAUCACAUUCCUAUGGAGCUGUAAUAUUGACAUUAAUUUCUUUAGUUACUUUUGUUAAAUAUAAUAAAAUGGAUUUUAUAAACUACACUUAGAUUACAAUUUCUUUCUUUUAAACACCAUUGGCAUUUUUAUUUUUAUAAGUUAUAUUAACUGCAACUCUAAAUAUUAGUAUUAUUAGUUAUGUGCAAUUAAAUUCUUCUUACAUUGUUUUUAGUAUGAAUUAUUUGAUCAGCAAUUUUCCUUACCUAGAGGUAGAAAUUUAGUAAAAAUACAGUAAGUGCAUCUUGCUGUAAAUACCAGUUGGUAGGUAGAUUCAGCUUUUUUGUAGGAUCCAUUUACAAAAACAAAAAUCAUCCUUCAAUAACAAAAUACUUUUCCAACUUUUCAAAUGUUUUAGAUUAUUUUUGUUAAAUAAUCACAAUGUAAAUAUUUUUUUCCUAUGUUGUUUAAUAAAGAAAAUCUAAUUGUUUUUAUAUUUCAUUGUUUGAACCAUAUUUGAUGUGUCUUUUGGAUAAAAGCAUAUUGAUAUCAUAGCUAGAAAUUGUAAUUGAACUUGUUUCUGGUAGUCA